GGGUUCCUCCACCCAGGAUGCUUCUGUUGUGACAUCAUGUGUUAUCAUGGUGAUGUUGGAACCUACAGUGCUGCAAGGCUGGGUUGGGACAGUUAGGUGUCUCCAGUCCCCACUAGGUGCUGAACUGGAGGAUCCUGAGCCCCUGGUGAAGAGCGAACCCACCAUGGUGACACUAGUGGUAGGUGCCGAGUGCUAUGACAUAAUGGCCAUGGUGGGGAAGGGGACUUUUGGACAGGUGAUCCAGGGGCAGUGCAGGAGCACUGGGGAGAUGGUGGCCAUCAAGAUCCUGAAGAACUGUGAUCAUGAUGGCCAAAUAGUGAAGAAUGAACUAAAGCUGCUGCAGGCUUUGCGGGAGGGGGACACAAAGGACUCCCACAUCAGCCAUUUCCUCGAGUCCUUCAGUGACACGGUCUGGACCUACCUGGUCUUUGAGCUGCUGCAGAAAAACCUCUUUGACUUCCAAAAGCAGAACAACUUCUCACCGCUGCCAGUCCGACACACCCGUACCAUCACAGCACAGGUGCUGGUGGCACUGGUCAAGCUGAAGGAGCUCUCCAUCAUCCAUGCUGACCUUAAGCCGGAGAACAUCAUGCUGGUCGACCAUGCACGCUAUCCAUUCCACAUCAAGCUUGUUGACUUUGGCUCAGCUAUCCUCCUCCCUGAGGUCUGCCAUGUCCAGGAGCCCUACAUCCAAACACGCUUCUACCGGGCACCAGAGAUCUUGCUGGGGUUGCCCUUCUGCGAAAAAGUGGACAUCUGGUCUUUGGGCUGUGUGAUGGCCGAGCUUCACUUGGGUUGGCCACUCUACCCUGGCAAUGACGAAUAUGACCAGGUAUGCUACAUCUCCUCCACCUUGGGGCUACCCCAGGGUGAGCUGCUCUGCGCUGCCCAGAAGACACAGUCCUUCUUCCAACGUGUGCCAUGUUCCACUGGUACCUGGCAGUUCAAACCACCAGGGAAGGUGAUGGCAAAGCCAAUGGAGAGGAGGGAGCAUAUAUUUUCCUCAUUGGAUCAGUUGGCAGUGGUGAAUAUCUGCCCGAUGUCUGAUCCUGAUCAGGAGGAGCUAGCCAAGCACUGUGAUCUGUACAGCAUGGUGGAGCUGGUCAAGAGGAUGCUCACUUGGGACUCGCAUGAGCGAAUCACACCCAGUGCUGCUCUUAAUCAUCUCUUCAUCCCCAUGCAGGAGAUGAAGGCCAGCUUUGAGGCUACCCAGUACUACCAGCUCAGUCAGGAAGACCUGAGUGCAUCCUGUAAGGAUUCCAGCAUAGCCAAGAUCUUCCCAGGUUCAGAGAAAGGUGCCUUCAUCUCUGCCAGCCAGGGAGGCAUCCAGAAGGUCACUGCCCAGAUGGAUGGGCUCAGCCUGGCUGAGCCAGCUGGGGACACUGGUGACAAGCGUCAGCAGGAUGUCUGUCAAGUCCCCAGUCUUGCCCUCUGUGGAAGCCUGUACUGUCAGCAUCACUGGUGUCCUCAGAUGGAGCCCACUGAGGGUCACUUGGCUGUGCUGAAGUCUCCCAUCAAAAUGAAAUGGUACAGCCACUGGUAUGACAACCCAGUCAGUGGCAUCAUGGAACAGAACCUGCCUGGAACUUGCUACAGCUCAUCAUGUGCCAAGUUCCCACCACAGAGAGCUCUGGUGAUGUGGUGCAACCCCAGUCCUCCAGGGAUUUGGAGAAUGGGCUCCAGAGGCUGGACUGGGAUGCCCCUGCAGUACUCAGCAUGCUCCUCCUACCACAGAGACAGUGGCAGUCCUACCACCACUGAGACCCCACAGCAACCCUUGCAUACACUCCAGCAGUCCAAAGCCUGCAAGAGACCUUCUUCUUCCUCACCCUCAAGCACCCCAACCACCAAAACCCAGAGCCUUGCUGGUGGAAACCACAGUCAGGGCUGCAACAGAACAUACUGUGCCAGAUGCUACCGACUAUGUUUCUCAAAUUGAUCCCUCAAUAAAUAGUUUUGCCAAAAACUGAGCAUUUCAACUGAUUAUUUGCCAGGGGAGUUUGGUACUGCAAGAUU